GACACCACGACUGCAGCUCUUCAUCACUUUACUGCUUCACUUUGAAGGAGGAAUCAGUGAUGAAAUCGUUCUCCAUCACAGAGCUGGAGAUGAUGUCGUUUUACUGUCUAAAAUUGAUUCUUCAUAUUACCCAUGUUCUGAUGCUCACUGGAUUUACAGCAACAUUCAAAGUGCAAAUAUACUAAAUGAGAUUAAUAAUGGAAAUAUUGUGAAGACGUCACCUCGAGCUGACAGAAUGAGUUUGAGCAGUAACUGCUCUCUCAUCAUCAACAACAUCACUGCUGAAGAUGCUGGUCUUUACACUGGAUAUUAUGGUUACACAUAUGUGUAUCUGAGCGUUUUAACAGUCUCUCCAUCUCCACCAGAUGUGGAUCCAGGAAGGGAUGGAGAUGUGACAUUACACUGUUCUCUGAUGAGACACAGGGUUUUGGGUUCCUGUGAGCAGAACAGCAUCAUCUGGGUGGAUGAGACAGGAAGUGUGCUGCUUGGUGAAGGUGAUGGGUUUGUGUCUGGAGGACAGAACAACUGUGUUUCUGAUCUGAUGGUGAAACAUCAGAGAGGCUCCAAGAGAAGAUUCACCUGCCAGGUUGUUGAAGGAGACAGAGUGAAGAUAGAUGCUGAAUACACACUGGACUUUACAGAUUCCAGUCUGAUCAAUACCAGAUUGAUUAUUGGAUGGGUGGUCAGGGGGCUGAUGGUGAUUCUGGUCAACAUCGCAACAUUUCUCAUCAUUUACAGGAUGAAAGUUAAAAGGAACAAUCCCCAAAAUCCAACAGAUGUUCAGUUACCAAUGCAGCAGUAUGUGAACAGGGAUGAUGAAGAUGAUGAUGAUGUGGUGAACUAUGAAAACGAUGAAGCCCUGCCUGCUUCUGUCCGAUCCACAUAUCAAUAAAUCAGCUGUGUGUGAUGGAAACAUUAGCCUUAGUCUGGGUACAGAGCAGCAGACGGAUAUUUUGUCUCUGAAAACUCAGCUCUGGGGUCACCGGGGCCUGUUUAUGAGAAUCCUAGUGUUUAGUCUUCAUCAUUUUGUGAUCUUCAAAAAUACUAUGCAGCUUUUACUCGGUGUCACUCCUGCAUCGAGGCGCCUGAUGGAUGUUUGACCCACUUGCUAACGAUGUAUU